GAGCUCCAUACAACGAGGUCAUGGGAUUUCGUCGGUUUACCUCAACAAGUUACAAGAAGAACAAGUGUGGAGAGUGACCUUAUUAUAGGAAUGCUAGACACUGGAAUUUGGCCGGAGUCACAAAGUUUCGAUGAUCAAUAUUUUUCUGCUCCUCCAACCAAAUGGAAAGGAACUUGUCAAUCCUCACUUAACUUCACUUGCAAUAAGUACGUACUAUACUAACAUGUCAUUUUUUCAAAACUAGUGUUUUACAACAACGUAGGUAGGUAAGUUCAGUGAUGCUGGACGUUAUUUUCAGAAAAAUCAUUGGAGCAAAAUACUAUCGAAUUAAUGGAGAAUUUCCUUCGGGGGAUAUUCAAUCUCCAAGAGACACAGAAGGACACGGAUCACAUACAGCAUCCAUAGCAGCAGGGCGCUCUGUUAGCAAUGCAAGCUUGUAUGGUCUUGGGUCAGGAAUAGCUCGAGGAGGGGUACCUUCUGCAAGGAUAGCUGUGUACAAAAUAUGCUGGUCUGAUAGUUGCUAUGAUGCUGAUAUUCUAGCAGCGUUCGAUGAUGCAAUUGCUGAUGGAGUUGAUAUCAUCUCACUCUCAGUAGGAGGGUCUUCACCUUAUCAAUACUUUGAAGAUUCAAUAGCCAUUGGUGCUUUCCAUUCAAUGAAGAAUGGGAUCCUCACGUGGAAUUCUGCAGGCAAUUCCGGUCCUGAUCCUCAAACAGUGACCAACUUGUCGCCUUGGUCACUCUCAGUUGCUGAUAGUACCAUCGAUAGGAGAUUUGUUACCGAUGCAUUAGGAAAUGGUGAAGUCUAUGAGGGGGUAUCCAUCAACACUUUUGACCUCGAGGACCAGUAUCCACUGGUUUAUGGAGGAGAUGUUCCAAAUACUGAGGCAGGGUAUAGUGGAUCUGAAUCAAGGUACUGUGAAGAAAAUUCAUUGGACAAAAGUAAGGUUAGAGGCAAAAUUGUCCUCUGCGAUUGGACUAACGGAACAAUUAUAGCUGGAGCUGUUGGAGCUAUAAUGCAAGAUGAUUUCAAUGAUGCUGCCUUUUCUUUUCCCAUAUCGUCUACAUACUUGAGAACAAACGAUGGCACCGAAGUUUACAAUUACCUACAUAAAACACGUAAACCAACAGGAAGAAUUCUAAAAAGUAGUGAGAAGGGAUUAGAAUCUGCCCCUUUCGUGGUUUCCUUUUCAUCAAGAGGACCCAAUGCAAUUACAAGCGAUAUUCUAAAGCCUGAUUUGAGUGCACCUGGAGUGGACAUUCUAGCAGCUUGGUCUGAAGGUACCACAGUAACUGGUAAUAUACACGGAGACAAACGAGUAGUUCCCUAUAACAUAAUAUCCGGGACAUCUAUGGCUUGUCCUCAUGCUACUGCAGCAGCCAUCUAUGUUAAAUCAUUCAACCCAACAAUGUCUCCCACUGCCAUCAAGUCUGCUCUAAUGACUACCGGUAAACUCUUAUGUUUCCAUUCCAAAAAUAUUUCGCACUACUUAACAAUUCUGUUAUAUACAGCCACACCUAUGAUCUCCAGUGCAAACAGUGAGGCAGAAUGCUACGGGUCUGGUCAAAUAAAUCCAAUAAAAGCUGCACAUCCUGGUCUGGUAUACGACAUGGUAGAAAAUGAUUACGUGAAAUUCUUAUGUGGCCAAGGAUACAGUACCAAGAAUUUGCGGAUUAUUACAGGGGAUACUUCUUCUUGUAGUACUUCUCAAACUGAUGCAACUGUUUGGGAUCUAAACUACCCUUCUUUCACAAUUUCUUCUUCAAAAAACUCAAAGAUCACCCGAGUUUUUCAUAGGACGGUCACCAACGUUGGAACACCAGUUUCAACUUACAGGGCAACUAUUGUAGCACCUGAGAGACUCAACGUUCGAGUGGAACCAAGUCUUAUAACAUUCAGAUCAAUAGGGCAGAAGCAAUUGUUUGUGGUGUCGAUAACGGCAGAGAUAAAUGACUCAAUGAUUUCAGGUUCUUUGUUGUGGGAUGAUGGUGUGCAUCUAGUUAGGAGCCCUAUUGUUGCUUAUGCUUCUACAUAAGGAUAUUAGCUUCUUCUUAUUUCCGUUAAUACUUCUUUGGAUCAUUCUUUUUCUGUGUAGGGAUAUAAUACAUGUAUGAGUGAACUAAUGAGACUCAUUAAACAUAAUCGUCUGAAUCUUUGAGCACAAAUACAACAACUAUGAAAGGAGCUUUAAUGGAUUGAGUCAGUCCCACCAAGCCAGCCAUCAACAAUUCAGGUGCAGAGCUAGGUGAGACAAGGGGGUUCAUUCGCAAAAAAAUUACACAUUAUAUUAAAUCUGAUUUUUAGUUAUAUUCAUAAAAAUUGUCACGACCUCAAAAUAUACAUGAUGACACUUGUUCAGUCCCACCAAGACAAGUCAGCCUCAACCCUACGAAAACGAAAGUAAUACAAAAAUAUAAAGUAAAACUAGAUAAAGCAGAAAAACUUAUUCUUGUAUUAAAAUUCUCCAAAAUCUGGUUGUCACGUGUACAAAGCACUAAUGCAAAAAUAGAAUUCGAAAUCUAAAUACAAGUCUCAUAGCCUUUGCUUCUCAAAUAAAACAAAAAAUAAAGUAAAGGAACAAGAGGGUCCGCCGGAUGACAAACAACUACCUCUCAAAAUCCUUGGCAAGCCUCGAAAUAAAAAGAAGAAACAAGAGAUCACAUGGGUCUAGGAUCAAAACUUACACAAGUGUAAAAGCAAAGAGUGAGUAUCAAUAACAUGGUACUCAACAAGCAACCUAAUAAACAACCUAAUAAACAAAGAAAUCUAGCUAGAAUUCGACUACUCCUUUCCAUCUCAAUUGAACCUCCUCAAACCACAACCUGCACAAUAAUCAGCCCAAUCUUACAAUUCUACAAUAAGCAGUUUAGAAGGCUCAAUAUUCACAUUCCAAAGUUACAAGUCAACAACCAACACGUAUGUAGUCAAACUCAAUGUCAAGUAGAUUGAUUACACGAAACAAGUACUUCAAUCACAAGUAGUAAGUAAGUCACACAUAAACAUAAAAAUGCUUCAAAUGACAAGAAUAAAUCUCUCACCGGAACUAUUUCCCAAUGACACACUAUCACUAGCCGAAACUAUUUCGCAUCGGCUUUAUAUCAAAAAACUAUUCGAAACCAUUUCCAUCGGCUUUAUAUCAAAUCACUAGCCAGAAUCAUUUUUCAUAGGCUAUAUAACAAUAACUAGCGAAAACGAUUUAUCAUUGGCUUAUAUAACAAUCGUCGACAAAUACCUUGACAUCAAAAAAAUCACAUGUCUCAUCACGGUGUUCAACAAUCAAUGCACACAAGAAAUAUUCCACCACAUAAAGAGACAACAAGUCAUGUAAUUCAACUCCACAUUCAAGUCAUCCGGCAUUUCAUCAAAUCAAUCAAAUAGAGUCACAACAAGGCAAUUCAAAAGUCAUUAUUAUCAUAAAACCUUUUCGUUUACCCCUUCUUUAAUUAAUUUGCUUAUUAACAUUAAUCAAGUGGAGCAAUAAGACCCUUCACCUCAGUCCCAUUUACUCCCCAACACAGAUACAAUGAAGAGAACUAGACAACUCUACUAGAUUACAAAGCUUAAGAGAUCAAUACUUGU